CAAUGAGAAAACCAGGCCCGGCCCGAGGGGCGGCGCUGUCGGUCACAUGCGCACCUGGGACCGCCGGCGGCGGUGGCACGGGCACCCCGAGCGGGAGGAAGGGAACGGGGCCGGGCCGGGGCGGGGUUAGGCAGGUGACUGACAGGCUCCGGGGGGCCGGCCCCAGCUGGGAGCCGCGAGCGAUCCAGGAGUAGCUGCGGCGGUGUCCGCCCCCUCCCUCCGCCCCUCCAGCCGGCUGGUCUCUGGCCGGCCACUGUCGCGGGCCCCCCUGGCCUGGCCACCUCCCUCUCCCCUGGCCCGCAAAGUUUGUGGCGAAGCCGGCGUCGGGCAGAGCGCGCCCCGAGGGAGAUCCAGGAGCUCCCGAUGUCGUGCUGCGGGAGCCGUUGACCCCGGGACGCCGCGGUUUGGGGCAGCAGCGUGGAGCAGCCGGCCGCCUGCCGUCUCCGGUGCAUGGGGACCGGUUGAGAAGCCAGCAUGGGCAACUGCGUGGGGAGACAGCGCCGGGAGAGGCCGGCUGCUCCGGGACACCCCCGCAAGCGAGCAGGACGGAACGAGCCCUUGAAGAAGGAGCGGCUCAAGUGGAAGAGUGACUACCCCAUGACGGAUGGGCAGCUGCGGAGCAAGCGAGAUGAGUUCUGGGACACAGCUCCUGCCUUUGAGGGCCGCAAGGAGAUCUGGGAUGCCCUCAAGGCUGCCGCCUAUGCUGCUGAAGCUAAUGACCAUGAGCUGGCUCAGGCCAUCCUGGAUGGAGCCAGCAUCACUUUGCCUCAUGGAACCCUUUGUGAAUGCUAUGAUGAGCUGGGCAAUCGAUACCAACUGCCCAUCUAUUGCCUGUCACCACCUGUGAACCUGCUGCUGGAGCACACGGAGGAGGAGAGCCUGGAGCCUCCUGAGCCCACCCCCAGUGUGCGCCGAGAAUUCCCACUGAAAGUGCGCCUCUCCACAGGCAAGGACGUGAGGCUCAGUGCCAGCCUGCCCGACACAGUGGGGCAGCUCAAGAGGCAGCUGCACAGCCAGGAGGGCAUCGAGCCAUCCUGGCAGAGGUGGUUCUUCUCUGGGAAGCUGCUUACAGACCGCACACGGCUCCAGGAAACCAAGAUUCAAAAAGACUUUGUCAUCCAGGUCAUCAUCAACCAGCCCCCACCACCCCAGGACUGAUAGACAGCUGACUCCUGGGAAGAGAGGCCAUGGAGGUCCCCUGCAGGCUGUGGGGCCUAGGCCUGGUGCACAAGGCCCCCGGCCUGUGGCCGCCUCCCAGCGCUGUUGUCUUCUUCAGGGGCACCUCCUGCCACCCUGCUGUAUGGCUCUUAGUGAGCCAUGAAGGGACUUGCCUUCCAGGGUGCUGGAUCCACAGAGCUGCCUGCCACACACAGGCCUUGUCAACCUUGUCGGAGAAACGGCACCUGGCAUUCUCCACCAAGGGUUGGCGCCGUGGGGGCCGGCCUGCAAACCCUGGACCCCAGAUCUGUCAUCUGGUGCCACCACUGUGCUCACUCCAGUUUUCUGCUCAGGGUUGGAAGCAAUUGCUGUCUCCCCCCUUUGUCCCUCACCAUGACUCUGCCCUGGGCACAGUGCCAGUCCCCUGGAGGGGAGGGAAUCACCAGUGAGCCCCAGGGCUUGGAGAGCUUGAGGCGGGCCUCUCUGCCUCUCCCUGCACCCAGCACAAUCGGCAGAGAUGAGGCAGAGGGCCAGGUAGCCAGGCUUUAUGCAGUGGUCUGCACAGGGCCAUCCCCAACGGGAACCCAGGCAGGGUCGGCUCUGUAGCCUGGUCACGGCCCCAGCAGGGCCCUGUGUACAGACACAUCUGCAUUUUAUCAAUAAAGCCUUUUGCUCCUCCUCA